AUGCCCGUGUCCAAGGCGACCAAGAAGUUCCAAAAGGAUAAGCUCGGCGACGUCAUCAAGCGCCGCAAGGAUGUCGCCAAAGUCAAGCAGAGGAAGCAGAUGGACGCCAAGAAGAGGGAGCGCAAGGCCAGAGACAAUGAAAAGGCCGCCGACCUAGAAGAAGAAGCUGCGAAGAAGCCAAAGACGAAUGGCGCCAAAGACGACAAGCUGGGAGAGAUGUCCAUGGACCAAUUCUUCCAGGGCGGCUUCCAGAUUCCCGAGAUGAAGAAGAAGUCGACCAAGCCAAAGACGGGCAAGCGCAAACGCACACCAGUCGACGAGGAUGCCGACCAAGCCUCAGACGAAGACAUGCAAGAUGCGCCCAGCGGCGCUGACGAGUCUGGCUCCGACAGCGACUCAGGUGACGACGUCGACACACACAAGGAGCAGCUUGCUGGUUUGGCAGAGAAGGACCCCGAGUUCUACAAGUACCUCAAGGAGAACGAUGCGGAACUCUUGGACUUUGCCGAAGACGCCGACCUUGCAGAGAUUGACGCUCUGUCCGCUAGUGAAGACGAGGCCACUCCGAGAAAGAAGCAGAAAGCCGCUGUUGAAGACGACGACGACGAAGAUUCGGGCAAUGAGCUCAACCUGAAGACGGUCCAAAAAUGGAAAGCCUCCAUGGAAUCAAAACAUUCCCUGCGCGCCAUGAAGGAGGUGGUUCUGGCCUUCCGCGCUGCAUCACACAUGAACGACUCGGAGAGCUCCAAAACAUACAAGUACUCCAUAACUGACCCAGAUGUCUACCACCAAGUGCAAGUAACAACUCUUCACUUAGUACCCAAGGUACUCCAACAUCACUUGCCUGUCAAGGAGAGCGCUGGUGGCAGGAUUCGCGUUCCUACCGACUCAAAGAAGUUCCGCACCCUCACGCCUCUCCUCAAGUCGCAUACUGUCUCGAUACAUCAUCUCCUUGAGAACCUGUCCGAUUCCAAGACCCUACAGAUGACACUAGACUCGCUCUCCAACAUGCUGCCAUACAUUCUAUCCUUCAAGAAGGUUGUACGUGAGGUUAUUCGGUCUGUCGCGUCGGUCUGGUCCGACAGCGCCAACAAUGACGGAACAAGAGUGUCGGCUUUCUUGGUACUGCGAAGACUCGUCGUCAUCGCAGACCCAAGUAUUCGCGAGGCUGUCUUGAAGCAGGUUUACCAAGGUCUUGUCAAGAGUGCAAGGAAUACCACAAUCCACAACAUCCAGGGUAUCAACCUGAUGAAGAACACCGCGGCUGAGCUUUGGGGCAUCGAUCCUACCGUCGGCUACACCACCGGCUUUGGCUUCAUCCGCCAACUCGCAAUACAUCUGCGCACAAGCAUCACCAACAAGACAAAGGACUCAUACAAGACCGUAUACAACUGGCAGUACAUUCACUCGCUAGACUUCUGGUCACGAGUCAUCUCAAUGCAUUGCGAGUCGCUCAGGGAAGCAGAGGCUGGAAAGCCAUCACCUUUACGACCCCUCAUAUAUCCCGUUGUUCAGGUCACGCUAGGUGCCAUGCGCCUUAUUCCGACGUCGCAAUACUUCCCUCUCCGUUUCCAGCUCAUCCGAUCGCUCCUUCGUAUCGCUCAAGCGACAUCGACCUACAUACCCUUGGCGCCUGCCCUUGUCGAAGUCCUCAACUCCGCAGAGAUGAAGAAGCCCCCGAAGCCCAGCACGCUGAAAGCUCUCGACUUCAGCAUCAGUAUCCGCGCAUCAAAAGCUUUCCUCCGAACGCGCAUCUACCAAGACGGCAUCGGUGAGCAGGUCGCCGAGCUUCUGGCCGAAUUCUUCAUCCUUUGGACCAAGAACAUUGCUUUCCCUGAACUCGCACUUCCCGUCAUUGUUAUGCUCAAGCGAUGGGUGAAGGCGAUCACCAAGAAGAGCAGCGGAAACAAGAACACCAAAGUAUCCUCGCUUAUCGCACUCCUUGUCCAGAAGCUAGAAGCAAACUCUCGAUGGGUUGAAGAGAAGCGCAACAAGGUCGAGUUUGCGCCCAACAACCGCGCAGGUGUGGAAAGCUUUUUGAAGGACGUAGAAUGGGAUAAGAGCCCGCUAGGUGCAUUUGUGGCAGGACAAAGGAAGAGCAGAGAGCAGAAGCAAAAGUUGCUCGAGGAAGCAAGGAAAACGGAGGACAGGAAGAGGAAGGAAUCUGAAAAGUACGAGAAGAGUAACGGUGAGGUAUUUGCCGCGGAAGAUGAUGAUGAAGAUGAGGAGGAGGAGGAGGAGGAGGUUGAUCUCGACGGCCUAAGCGACGAAGACCUGGAGAUGGAUGAUGACGACGAAGAGGAGAGUGACGACGAGUAG